AUGGUGUUCGAUAUGUUUCAUGAGUCCAUUCAGGACAAUCUGGACCUCUUCGGACACCUUGCAAUGGAGUCUGAAGGCCAAGAACAGCUGAAGUAUUUUCAGAACUUUCAGCAAUUCUAUGAGAUUCUUCCCGACGAUGGGCGUUUGGAAUAUGGACGAAUCCAUACUCGUACCAAAAUGUUGUUAGAGACUGUUGAUUUGACCGUUGGUCUUCUUCUUAUGAAUUCCGACGUAGACGCGGACGCCUUUGCAGAUUACAAUGUCAGUCCUCUCGACGAGUGGUCCAGAAAAGACUGGAAGGAAUGCAAGCAAGGCUUGAGCGAGGUCCUCGAGAAGGUCCUUGAGAAAGGAGCCACCGCCGGUAUCAAUGAAGAGAACGACGAGACUAUUGCGGACGACAGGGCCGCAUCUAAGAAAUACAACAUUGAGAAACUUUGCAGAGGGCUUGACGUCUGUGCACUCCUUGCUCCUUUACGAUCUGCUCUCAAGGAUCAUUUGGUCGGCAGCGCAAAGAAGGCUAGUCCAACAAGUCCAACGAGAAGCACCCCAAGGAGAGGUACUCCCAAAGUUAGCAGUACAAUUAUGAACAACUUUCACAAAGAAAUUGAAAAACUGGAAGACCCAAUUCUCAUGAGUGUCUUGAAAGAGUUGGUAAUAGAAGAUGAAAAUUCUGGCGACUUGAAGAUGAAGGACAUCAAAACUGUCCGCCAAGUACUGGACAAUGAUCAAUUAAAAGUGGAACGAAUAGCCACCAAGACUAUCGAGAAGCUCAAGAGUUGGAAUAAAGAUAUGUUUCCAGACCCUCGGCUAUAUUCAUUGCAUUUUGGCGAAGAUGAUGACGAAGAUGGCAAUGAAGCCGAGGAUAGUGACGAUGGCGAGGAGGAGGAAGAAGAGACGGAAGAUCAGGCUGCCGCAGUACAAAAUCUACGAAGUUCAAGAGCUAGACUCAUGGAUAGUGUUGACGACCCGCUCGAAGAAGCCGUAGCAGCGGCUUCAAAGGCUUCAACCCCAAGAGGCGGAAGAAGGGCGGCAACCAAGAUUCCAGCUGAACCUGAAGAAGAAGAGGACGUAAAACCCGAAGCAAAAAAUUCUUCCUCCAAGAAACGAAAGCGUAAAGGUGGUGAAGAACUCUUGAAGAAGAAAAAAAGUGCAACACAGAUGAGCUUUGAUGAUGAUGAUGACGAAGAUAUUCCCGACCCUUCGGAAGAUACUUUGCUCAGCGACUUGCCCGAGAGGGCAGCUGCUUCCACUCCCAAGAAAUCACCCAAGACAAGUCCCAAAAGAACUCAAAUCAAGCAAUACGCUGGACGUCGUGCUUGGAACGACCAGGAAAAGAAUGCUAUUAAGCAAGGCAUUCGCGAGUUGGGAACUGGAAAGUGGGCCCAGAUCAAGGAAAGGUGGAAGGUUACCUUGCAGUACCGCACCAGUGGACAAAUAAAGGAUUGCUAUCGAACCAUGUUGCGACGAAAUGAAUUGGGUGAUGUCUUCGAUACUGUCUAG